CUAAACCAAUGAUGUGUAGUUUUUGCGGAACAACGAUAAUAAUAUGUUAAAAGAAAAUAACAAAAUAUCUAUAUUGCAUGAAUUACAUGCAAUAUAUGAGUUUAAACUAACUCCAAUCUAACUGGCACUAACAACAUUCAAAGAAAAAAUGCCCCAUAAGUUGGAAUAGAGAGAGUAAUAUAUAACAUUGUAACCCCACCACCUUUUCUUUACAGGGAAAAUAUUGUACCUACUAUGUAAUGCCUCUGACAACUAUGUUCCUAUAUAUAGUAAUGUGUAAUAAUAGAAGACAAUUAACAGUUUUGUCAAAAUGACAUCCAAAGAAGUGAAAAUUCCCACAACAGAUUUUUGCAAGGUAGAGCUAAAACCAGACACUACACAUUGGCACUCAACAAAAGCUCAAGUUUUUCAAGCUUUGCAAGAAUAUGGUUGCUUUGAAGCAAUAUAUGAUAAUGUUCCAAGUGAAAUUAGGGAAUCCAUGUUUGGUACUUUAAAAGAAAUAUUUGAAUUUCCAUUGGAGACCAAACUGAAAAAUUUAUCAGAUAAACCAUUGCAAGGCUACUUAGGACAGAUUCCACACUUACUAUUGUAUGAAAGUGUGUCAGUAUCUGACUUGCUCCAAUCUCAAAGUGUUGAAAUGUUUGCCAAUAUCUUUUGGCCUCAUGAUGGAAAACCCGACUGUUGCAAUGUGGUAAAGUCCUACUCAAAGUCACCUGUGGAGUUGGAUAAAAUUGUAAAAAGGAUGGUUUUGGAGACCUUGGGGCUAAAACAUUAUGUUAAAGAUGAAUUCUUGGAGCCCAACGAAUUUGAGAUUUAGCCAUUACAAGGCACCUCAAGGUGAAGACAGAAAUAAAAUUG